AAAUAUUUUAUGUAUAUUUGUAAUAUUUUUAGGUCUGCGGUUAAAUUACGGCAUCGCUGACGUUCAUGAAAAUCUAUGCCAUUUGAAAAUUGAGCAACUUACACACUAUCUAUUUCGAAGUGCUUUAUGCUCAUUGAAUGGCACCGAUGCAAAAUGGCCGACAAGUGAAACCGACCGUCCCCUUUGGCUCAAAGCGCGCAUAUUCCAUCUUGCGUUAUAUAUGGGAUAUCUAUUUUACCUUUCCAUUACUGCUGCGGCCAUUCACACAUCACAAAGUAGAAUGGCGACAGCUUUAUGCGGUCUUCAGUCUAUCGCCAGCAGCAGCAGUGUCGGCAGUAAAGCGGCCAAAACACACCGAGAACUGCGAAGGAAAGCCAGGGACGCCAAAAGGAGACAGGCGGCGGUGUUGUUUCUCAGCAAUAUCUCACUCGACGGACGGCCUCUGUGUAGCUUGAACCCCGACAAUGACACUCGAAAAGCAGCAGAGGAGCCGCCACGGUCUCCGCAUACAGAGAACCAAAGACCGGCGUCUCAGGUGGCGGAGUCCGCUCCGUCGGCGGGUAGUUCUUCGUCAAGUUUCCCCGCGAUCUUCAGUCCUUCGGUCAAGUCUUCCGGGGCCAACGAAGUGUUCCUGGAGGGUGGCUUUACAGCCGAGAGCCCGGACACCCAGCUGUCCCCCUUGACCGUUUGCCAACAGCCUAGCAUCUGCCGAGGUCGCUCAGCCCCCGCGGUGAGCCCUCUACCCACCGGCUCGGCUCAGGAUUCUCGACCCAGGUUGCGGAACGUGUCUGGUUCUCCUGGACCUAAGGUGCCAAAGAAGGUCCACUUCAUCAAGAGUAUGAGACAGUAUGAUACAAGGGGAUGCAGGAUCAUGCUGAUUUGUGCCAGGCGGUCGCUAUACGCUGCUUUCUCAGUGCUGCCCUAUGGAGACAUUGCUCAGCUCAGCGACAGCAAGCUGGAAAUGCAGAGAAGGCAGUCUUCCGUAGUGGUGGCUGACCUGCUUCCAUCGCUGGAAGGCGUGGAGCCGGAUGCGUUCGACAAAAUGGUGUCAUAUGCGCAAUUCCUGUAUCCGACCAACGCCUUGGUGAGACAGAGGAGCGGCAGCGCGCCGGAAAACUGCUCGGCUCACACCCCUCCCAUGCGUUUCCGUGGCAACGGGCCGAGGACCUUUACCCCCGCUCGCCUAAAUAGCGUCCCGGCACAAGAACCAUAUACGGAAGAAAUGUCAGAGUAUGACCCCAACCUGCUCAGCGAUCCUCAGUGGCCCUGUGGGAGACACAAGCGGGUUCUGAUAUUCGCAUCUUACGUGACAACAGUCAUCGAGUAUGUGAAACCGUCCGACCUGAAGAAGGACAUGAAUGAGACCUUCAAAGAGAAGUUCCCUCACAUCCUGCUGACGCUCAGUAAGAUUAGAAGCCUUAAGAGGGAGAUGCGCGCAGUGAGCGAGGAAUGCGGGCUGCAGCCGGUCAGCGUAGCGAUGGCGUUUGUCUACUUUGAGAAGCUUGUUCUGCGGGGGCGCCUCAACAAGCCUAACAGGAAGUUGGUGGCGGCAACGUGCGUGCUGCUGGCCGCCAAGAUCAGCAGCGACCUGAGGAAGCCCGAAGUUAAACAACUCAUCGACAAACUGGAAGAGCGUUUCCGCAUCAACAGGCGUGAGUUGCUUCCACUGGAGUUCCCCGUGAUGGUCGCCUUGGAGAUGGGACUCUACCUGCCCGACAGCAAGGUCAUGCCACACUACCGACGACUCGUGCAACAGGGAUAGAUGUUUCGGUGCCUUUGAUGGCUGCAGACAAAGUGGACGAUCUAAAAGUAGAUGAUCAGUGAGUCAUGCUCGCUGUCACACCGACUUCAUUUUAACCCUUUGACUCCGCAUUGAACCGUAGCUCGUGAAAAGUGUGUGGUGUUCAAUGUAUUUCAUGGCAGCUCUGUGUAAUGUUUAUUACUGUGCACUGGAUUGUAUGUGUGUGCUUCACUGACUGUUUUAGUUCUCAGGAAUUUGUGGCAUCUUAGCUGUCACAAAGCGUGUUUGUGUUUUCAGAUGUGAAUGUGCAAACUUUUAAGUGCCUUCAGCGAGUUUAACUGUAUUUCAUUGUCAUGUUGGUGCUGUGAAUUCUCUAAAUGUCUUAACUACUGAAAAUGUUCUUGAAUGUUGAUGAAACAGUUUGUUUUGUAUUGUGAAAUUUGUGAAUACGGUAAAUAAAUGUAUGAAUGCAGCUUUGUGGGGAGAAUUUUUUUCUCUCGCGAAGUGCAAAUUACUCCACCUGUACACUGCUGAACUUCACCUGUUACACAGAUAAAGCAUUGCAUUUGCUUGCUAUUGUUGGAGGCAGUCUUUCAGAUCCUCCGCGUGUUCGUUUUCAAUUCAGGUGAGACGGCUAGACUGGAUUGCUAAAUAAAAGACUGGAGGCAAGAGAUUGUUACUGCGCAUUUUUAAUUUCAGAAAUUUCUGGGUGCAUUCGAUGACAGAACAAAAGCUGUGUAGAGAAAUGCAUUCUGAACAGACAGCUCGGCGUUGCUUAUAUGCAUAAGGAGGUGUGUCUUUUUGGUGAUUAGGUCAUGAGUCUUGCUUAUUGGCAGUUAAAAGUCCAUGAUUAUCUGAGGCAAAACUAAUUGUCAGCGGUUUUCUGUGGAAAAACAACUCCAUUUAUGGACAUGAUCGCAUUAGGCGGGAUGCUUACUGACUUCACUAUUCAAUUUAUUAAGUAUUUCUUGAUUGCUUGAUCUGCUGGUUAAAACUUGGGGUACAUGUGAUUUUUCCUGUUUUCGCUGCCACAGUAAAAAAAAAAAAAAAAAAAAAAAGUUUAAAUAUUACAUAAUAGAAACAGUAUGUUUUCCCAGCUUUGACUUCCUCAUUCAGCAAAAGAAAAAGCAAUACGUUGAUUCAGGACAAUGGUCUAUCAAAUACUUCCCCGAAAGUAUUUUAAUUUGGAAUCCAGCGAUCUGAACCUGAUGUCAAUUAGGAGUGUAACAGUACAUCAAUAGUUGAAGCAACAAUGCAAUCAAAUUGAUUGUAAAGCAAAAAACAUUUUUUAGAUAUCCAGUUUAGUUAGAAAAGGUUUUCAUUCAAAUUUCAAAAAUGUUUCAACACAAUUGUCAAAAUUGCUUUGUAUUUUUUAAUGUAGGCGAAAUUUUCAUAGCACACCAAUAUUAGCCAACUAUCAUAUAGUUCUGAUAAUGGAUAGUAUUGUCAUAAAAUUUGAUUUACACGUUACACCCUGUAAUUCCAUUCUUAUGAAUUAAUAUAACUUGCAUCAUAGUCUAUGCUUGCAUUAAAAACUUGACUUCCAUUUUGGUGACCUUUAGCACUGAAAGAAUUAAAUUUACAUAUUAUUUAAAUGUUGCAGAAACUGACUACUACUUCAUCAAACUUCAUGUUUCUUUUGAAGCUUCUCUGUGUGUACCAGUGUUAUUCUUAAAAAAUUGUUCCUAAAUUACUUUUUGGGAGAAGUAAUUUGUAAGAUAAGUUGGCAAAGUAACUGGUGUUUUCAAUUUUUUUUUUUUCAUUCAUUCAAAAAAAAAAAAACAGGUCACACUAUAUGAAGUUCAAAGGGUUUUUGGCCCUAGCCCAAUUCUUUAAACUUAACCAGACACAGAGGGACUGCAGAUAUAGCGAUAACUACCGUAGAUAGUAACCUUUGCUAUGUUUGGAAGUUAUUUAAUGUUGUGAAUCAACUGUUAAAGUUGUUAAAAUUGCUCCAGUUAUUGCAUUAAUUCCCUUCUACUUUCGACACGUGGAGGUGUUAAAACUGUUUCAUCAUUUGAAGAUUCAAGAUUUUGCCGAUUUAUAAGUAAUUUAUGUAAAAAGUUUCUUAGGUUCGCUAGGAAGGUUCCCUACAACAGAGCCUUCCUGAGACGUCUACUGCUUUAAGAUGGCGGCUUUUUACUACGAGUGUCAUUUCCCAUCUAUUUCUCUAUACAUGUGAUAUCAAUCGUAGCAUAAUGUUUGCGUAGUUUGUAGGCUAGUCAGGUUUUAUUGGAGCCACCAUGAUCAUCGCGUUUGCAACAGCGUCACAACUCCAUUUCCUCCUCCCCACUCUGCUUUCUCUGCGAAUCCACCUCUCCCACUUUUCUCACGUCAUUCAAUCAACGUAGUAACACAUAGUAACGCACACCUUUACAUCCUCAGUAACGGUAAAGAUGAGAAAAGUAGAUUACUCAUUAAUGAAAAAAGUAACGCCGCUAUUAACAACACUGGCGUGUACAAUGUAAAAAGCAGAACAAGAAGAACACUGAAGUCAUUGUAAGAUCUUUAUUAUUCAAACGUAGUGAUAGACAAACCUGUCAACUAAAUAAACACAUUCAGAUCAUUGACAGCUGUUUUUAGUCCAAGCUCAUGUCCUCAUCAUCAUCCUUUUUGUCUUUGGAGUCGCCGUCCUGAUCAGACUUUGUGUCCGUCUCCAUUGCCUUUGCGAAAGCCUCCAGGUCUGCACAUAAGGUGCAAACAACAAUUCUUAAAAAUCGUCACGUUGUAUUUGCUUGACAGAUAAAGAUGAAUCGUUAACAAAAACGAGAAAUGAUUGAACCUUUUCAGGGAAAGUGGACAGCUAUUCCAAAGUUGACACUUAUUUUUAAUCAAUUAAAAACAAUAUUAGCAGUCAUUUUUAAUUAUUAAUCAUUAUUGUAUUUUAAUAUGGCACAUGGCGGAAAACACAGACAAGGCUGAAAAAGCAGUUUCUGAUUUUUCAGCCCUCUUUAAAAUAAACUGCUGUAUUUUAAGCCAAAAGAACUGUUGUGUUUGAUAGGACAAUAUGUCUAUAUGCUGCCAUAGCAGAUUCAUGGCGCAAUAAGCCCCCGAACUAUUUUUAAUUUGUCCGUUUUACCCUGGAAACCCCUGUUUACAGACGUCGUGCAACCGCUUUUGUUUCAACCUAGCCAUAAAAAGAAGGUAAGUAAUCUUAUUAUUGGAAAUGUCUGUCAUUUUUAGCUUAGAAUCAUUAAUGUCUAAUAUUUACCGGUAGUUAAAAAAAAAAAGACUUUAAAAAAUUAUUCACUCGCAUAUUUUAAACUUUUAAACAAAUUACGUCACAAUGAAAAAAUUAGCGUCUGUAAACAAAGUCAUGGAUAUCUACCUCAUGACGCGUAAUUGUAUUUUUUUCCUUACUGUUGCAUUUUCCCCAAUAUGUUAGAUGAUAAAUAAUCGAUCCAAACUAAGAAAAAUUAAAAAAAAAAAAAUUAAAGGGUAAAUAAAUGAAAAUCUCCAUUAUUCCUUGAUGUCUGCGAUUUCUUCAUCGCGACCCUUGUUAUAUUACUAUGUUUCACCCAUAAAAUCCCCCAAAAAUAUCUUAUAAAUCUUAUAAAUAAAUCGACACUCGGUGAUACAGGUUACAUGGAGUUUUUGGAUCGAAAAGAUGUAGGCACGCGAUAAUAUCUCUUUAAAAUCAUGGCGUCGUUAAUAAUGCUCUUGCGUGCUCUCACCUCCAGUUAGGGUUUUGCUGUUAUUUAUUUAUUUAUUUUUUAAUAGCCCCCUGUUCAAAAAUUUCUCCCCCCAGAAAAAUGAUAUUUUAAGCUUUCCAAUGAUGUAUCACACAUGUAUAUAGGACAAUUCUGAGAUUUGGCCAUAUUGGGGGUGUCAGACCGGAACUUCAAGUCACCUGAGUGUUUUCCGCCACAUACAUUUAUAGAUAAAUACAAUGUUAAUAAAAACUAAAGGAAAAUGAAUAAAUACAAAUACACUGUUUAUCGGCUCAAGCAGCACACCUAGGUUUAUUUAUUUUUUCAUAGUAUUCAACUCAUUGCAUGCCUUUUAUGGCGAGAAGACAUCCAAUUCAUUUAAACCGGGAAGACUGCCUGUGAAUGCUUAUUUUUUCACUGCCCGACUGGGAGGGGCGAGUGAACGACUCCCAGUCAAAAUGGAUUGGAUCUCUAGCGCCAUCAAUGGUAGCCAAUAAGUUAAAUGAGUGCCCUACAAGGAUUUCAAA